AUGGUUGCGUCCGCUCCAUACGUCGAUCAGUUUUCUUUUCCAUCCGGUCACUGCAGUCGCGCACUGACGUUAGUGACGAUAUUUCUAAAUAACUGUUGUGGCGGCGUUUUCGGCCUCCGAAUAUUUAGUCUGGUUUAUAUUAUGGCAUUAGCAUUGUCGCGUGUCGUACUUGGACGCCAUCACAUCAGCGACGUUUGUUUUGGUUGUCUGAUUGGUUGGUUCGAUGGCAAGCUUAUUGUUCGUAUGGUGGAUUUCAUUUUAACCAUUCAGAAACAAUAUUCCCAUUGA